AUGGAGAGUACCGUUUUUGGUGAGAUUUUUCCUAAACUUUGUAGUUUGAUCUUUGGUUGCCAAGGAAGCUUAUUUUACAUUGUGGAAACUACUGGUUAUCCCCGAGAGCAUCCGCAACUGAAGGAACUCAGAGAAGCUUCUUUCAAUAAGUACAAGGAAUAUGUCUUGCAGUUUGGAGAUUGGUGUUUUACUGGUUAUUCUCUCCUCACUACUACUGCUCUCGCUCUCCCACAUGAUGGCAAGUUAUUUGGGAACAGAAGAUUCUUGCACCAAAUAUUGAAUCCCAAUUUAAGAGACCCACAUAGAGAAGCCUGUGAGACAGGACUGCCUUAUAUAAAGAAGGCUGGUGUAGAGCAUAAGAUCAACUUCAUUCAAUCUGAUGGCAUUUCCAUUCUAAACAACCUCCUUACAACUGGGAAAAAAGAAGGGGAAUUCGACUUUGCAUUUGUUGAUGCUGACAAGGAAACCUACAUCAAUUACCAUGAACCACUGUUGAAAUUGGUGAAGAUUGGAGGAAUUAUAGCCUACCACAACACCCUAUGGGGUGGGUCUGUAGCCCCUCCAUCUAACGACUCUGAUCAUCAUCAAGAAGAAGGGGAUGACAAUAAAAGAGAUGCUAUGAGAAAGCUCACUUUCUUCGAUUACGAUUCUCGCAGUGGCGGAGGUAAAAAGUUAAAUUAG